AUGACCAACGCCCUCUCUGCUGCUACCUGCGCCAUCUACGCGGUCUUCGCCAUCCCGGUCGUUUACCUCCUCGUCCGACACGGCCGCUACGGCCUUUUAGGAUGGCUCUUCCUCUUUUUCUUCUGUACCCUUCGCAUCAUCGGCGGCGCACUUGCAGUCCACGACACCAGCAUCGCCGCUAAUAUCAUCUCCAGCGUCGGCCUCUCUCCUCUCCUCCUAGCAAUAUCUAGCAUCCUACACGAGGCUCGACACUAUCGUAUCCAAUCACUUGACAAGAAAUUGGAAUGGGCCGCUGUUUUCGCCUACCACAUUCUCGUCGUCGCAGGCGUGGCCUUAACAGCUGCCGGCUUUGCGAAGCUCCAGCAGCACGAACAACCUCUCGACAAAGCCGAGAAGAUUACCAAGGCAGGUAUCUCAAUUCUGGCGGUCGCGUGGGGUGUUCUGGUUGGCUGGACCGGGCUCUCGUUUAUUGCUCCCCGAAGACGGAAUUCCUCGCUCAUGAGUGCGGGUACUGCCCUGCUUAUGGCUGUCGCCUUCUCACUCAUCUUUAUCGGCAUCCGAGUCUUCUACAGUGUGGCCGCGCUGUGCACGCAGAGGGCGUCGCUUAACCCUACUACAGGGUCGCUAGCUGUGCGUGUGGUGCUGGGAUUUUUGCCCGAGGUGAUUGCCACGCUUUCGAUUAUUCUUGCUGGGAUCAAGACGCAGAGUGCGGCGCUGUUGGCUCAUGUCGACAAGGAGACAGUUUCGAGAGGGCCGAAACCGCGUGCACAACCUUGGGUCUAG